UAGCUCCGUUCCGUUCACCAUCUCCUUCAGAUCUGCGGGUCCAUUACUGACUAUCAAUCUUGUCAAUUGUUGAUAACAUACUCAUUGACUGUCAAAAUGUCUCCUCUCCUCACUCGUGUCGCUCGCUCUGCUGUCGUCCUUCGACCUCUCCCUGCAGCCCAACGAGGACUCCGCACUUCGAGCAUCCUCCGUGAUUCCGAGCCAUACCAGGCGAAGCCGCCCAAGCAGAACCAGAACCAUAACAAAAUUCUCGUCGCCGGUGCUCUCGCUAUUGGCGGUGGGUUCUGGUGGUUCUACAGAGGGGGUAAGCCCACCCUCGACGCGUCUGGUGAACCCAAGGCACCUACCAAGUAAAUACGAUAAAUAUUACGAGCAUCACCUGGGAGUUCAACUGCGAAAACGACACAGGCAAAGAGAUAUGAUGGCGAUGUCGAUGGCAAUA